CGCAGCAACCAUAAAGGAGGCUCCGCACACAGCCGUCUGGAAGGCAUUAGACAGCAGUGGCAGAGAGACUUUUAGCCACUUCUCUGCGCUUUGUGUAACCUGGAUGCUUGAGGGAACUAUAGCAAAACUUACCUACAUGCCCCUCAAGACAGCAAAUAUAAGUGAUCUGACUCAGAUUUGACUGUCAGAGUCAUUGUUGGAGACUUUCUUUUCUUCUGUGUCAAUAUGAUUUGCGAUGCCAAAGUUGAUGGCUUUUUUGUAACUUUUAAAAACUUUAUGAAUGAAACUGCCAGAAGUUGAUGGAGAGAAAUAUUUAUCAUUUUUGCAUUUUGCCACUCCACGUUUUAUUUAUACUUUUUUUUAUAUGAAUGAUGCCAAAGUUGACUGACAUGAUGUUUGUGUUUGUACACCUAAUGUGCAUCCGGUGCAUGGUUAAUGACUGCAGACAGACUCUUAACUAGGGAAGACUAUUUUUUAUUGUUUUUAUUUUUUUUAUUGAGCAUUCAGCUUAGCAAACUUAGAGGAACGUGCGUGAAUCUUUGGUUUUCUUAUUAAUGAGGAUCAAUUUCAGCGGAUUCAUGAGACUCGUUACUACACAAGUGUCCUCUGAAACUUUGUCGAGACUUUUUCUCCCUGUGGAGCGGUACCAGAGCCGCCGUAUUUGACCGCAUCCUUUCUCAAGGACGAACGAGAGGACAACAGCUGCUUCAAGAUGAGGUGUCAUAGAGUCCUCACCUACCUGCGGAUAUUUGGGACCACUAUGUUCGGUGUGUCUCUUCUGGUAGGCAUCUCCACAGCCUACAUCAUGGGCUACCAGUUCUUCACCACAGCCCGCAAUCACCUCUCCUUCGGCCUGUACGGUGCCAUCCUGGUUGUCCACCUCAUCAUCCAGAGCCUCUUUGCGCUCUUGGAACACCGAAACAUGCGGCGAUCCUUAGAGACGCCAAUCAAACUGAAUAAAUCUUUGGCGUUGUGCAUUGCAGCGUAUCAAGAGGACCCGAACUACCUGAGGAAAUGUCUGGUGUCGGUGAAGAGGCUGACGUACCCGGGGAUCAAAGUGAUCAUGGUGAUCGACGGGAACUCAGAGGACGACAUGUACAUGAUGGAGAUUUUUAAAGAGGUCAUGGGACGGGACAAAUCGGCCACAUACGUGUGGCGGAGUAACUUUCACCACAGAGGGCCUGAGGAGACAGACGAGAGCUAUGCUGAGGGCAUUCAGCAUGUCACCAGGCUGGUGCUGAAUAACAAGUGUGUGUGUAUCAUGCAGAAGUGGGGAGGGAAGAGAGAGGUCAUGUAUACACCCUUCAAAGCACUGGCGAGGAGCGUGGACUAUGUACAGGUGUGUGACUCUGACACUAUGUUGGACCCAGCAUCAUCGGUGGAGAUGGUGAAGGUUCUCGAAGAAGACCCAAUGGUGGGAGGUGUUGGAGGAGAUGUACAGAUCCUAAACAAAUAUGAGUCCUGGAUCUCCUUCCUGAGCAGUGUACGGUACUGGAUGGCCUUCAAUAUUGAGCGGGCUUGCCAGUCCUACUUUGGUUGCGUGCAGUGCAUCAGUGGACCUUUAGGAAUGUACCGGAAUUCCCUACUGAAUGAGUUCCUUGAAGAUUGGUACAAUCAGACUUUCAUGGGAUCCCAUUGCAGUUUCGGGGAUGACCGCCAUCUCACGAACAGAGUUUUAAGUCUCGGGUAUGCAACCAAAUAUACUGCACGAUCAAAGUGCCUCACUGAGACGCCGAUUACAUAUCUGCGGUGGCUCAAUCAACAAACUCGGUGGAGUAAGUCAUAUUUCAGAGAAUGGCUAUACAACUCUAUGUGGUUCCACAAACACCAUCUAUGGAUGACUUACGAGGCUGUGAUCACGGGCUUCUUCCCGUUUUUCCUCAUUGCCACUGCAAUCCAACUCUUCUAUCAAGGAAGGCUCUGGAAUAUUCUGUUGUUUUUACUCAUUGUGCAGGCAGUGGCACUAAUCAAGUCAUCAUUUGCCAGCUGCCUCAGAGGUAACAUAGUCAUGGUGUUCAUGUCAUUCUAUUCUGUACUGUACAUGUCAAGCCUGUUGCCAGCCAAAAUGUUCGCAAUAGCAACAAUCAACAAAUCUGGAUGGGGCACAUCUGGAAGGAAGACAAUAGUUGUGAACUUCAUUGGUCUGAUUCCUAUAUCAGUUUGGUUCACCAUCCUCUUCAUUGGGAUUAUCUACACGGUAAUCCUGCAGACUAGAAAACCCUUUCCUGAAUCAGAAAGGAUUGUUCUGAUCAUAGGGGCAGUCGUCUAUGCCAGUUACUGGGUCAUACUGUUGACGUUGUAUGCAGUGCUGAUUAACAAGUGUGGGAAGAGGAAGAAGGAACCACACUAUGAUAUGGUGCUGGAUGUAUGACUACAGUCAUCAUUUACCACUGAAGUCUCUUUUUGGGUUUUCACUCACACCAUGUUGUUGUUACACAAAUGUUUUUCAGAUGCAGAACAGCUCUGGAGGCAAAAUUGGUUCAGUUUAACCAAAAUGGAGUUUGUUCAAACUUGAAUGGCAACAAUACAGAAAUGACAGUGGCUGCUUUUAUUUUUCAUUCAUAACCAUAGCAUUCAUAGUCUUGGAACAUCGGCAUCAAGCUAAUUAGCUUAUCUAGAUUUCUUUGAUCAAAUGUGUUUAGCAGAAGAUCAACUACUCUAAGCUAACUAGCUAACCUUGAUAUCUUAGUAUGACAAGUAUAAAUAUAUUGCAGUUGUUAGAAAGAGUGCUUGGCUUUGUAAUAUUAGCUACCUCUUACUUAUGUCAUUUUCACUGGGCUUCAGUCAAACAUUUUGCAACUGAGCCAAAGAAACUGUGGAUUUUAUAUCCACCCAUUGGGGUUCAACUUGACCAGCACGAAUAUUUUACCUCCAGAGCAUCAUUGUGUCUCCAAGAAAUGUUUGUACACCCUAUCUCGGAACAAAUCUACCUACCCUCACUAAGCCAAAAAAACACUACCAGUCCCCAUCCCUGCCAGGCAGUCUCCACUGUCAAAUAACUGAACAACAUCAAAGAUUCUUAACUCUUAAAGGUGUUGAGAGAAACUACCGCUAUCACUAUCUAAUUAGUGUAAUUGUAAUCUGCAAGUAUCUGCAUGGCUUGUGUAGAUCUCAUGAAUAAUUUAGCUUGGCCAACAGAAAAAUCCACUAGAAGUUAUAUUGCAUCUGUUCAAUGAUUUCCGUGCCACAAACCUUUCCAGUGUUUUCAAAUCUCUUUCAGGAGGAGCUACAGUAUCAUUUUACAAAGAGUGAAAGGGUGCAGAAAGGGCUUUAAAAUAAAGAGCUGCUCUCCUUUUUUUAUUGCACUCAUGUCAUAUGGGAAAGGGCUUUCUCUAUAUAAUGAACUGAAGACAUUAUAUCACUUAAAGCAAUUCAUAAUUGCAACUCCUAAUUUUAAUGGCAGUGCAUGGCUAUGUGCUUGACAGUGCAAUUCUUGACUUGCUGUUUGAAAUGGAAACAAACACAUCACUCCCUGUGGUGCGUGUACUUGUUGAAUGUGAAAAGGACAAAGAUCCACAGAAAUAUCCAAUCAUGCUAUUGCAGCUACAGAUCUGGACACCUAAACAUCUUGAUGUUAUUCCCAUAUGACGUGAAUGCAGUAUUUUUCUCUAAGUUUACAAAGUGAAGAAUCUCAAACUGAUCACUGAUAGGUAGAUAUAAUCUCCACCGGAUCAGGUGACCAGGUGAACAUGUGACCAGAAGAGAGACGAUGUAUCAUUGCUGCUGUGACUGUUUUAUUUUUUACAGAAACAAUGCCUUUGGGUUUUUUUUCCUUUCUUUAAAUAUGAAUGAUGGGUGUAUUUUGCAAAAAUGAUUUUAACACUAUUAUUGUUAAUGUAUUUCUUUCUAACAAGUUGAAUGAUAACUACCAGGUAGAUAUGGUAGACAUGUUCCAAUCCAAACAUUUUAAACGUGAUCUUUGCCUUCCAUGUGCCCUUGCUCUCUGUCGUGGUACAGAUACUGUAUUGGGGGUAAUGUGGCUACAUCCCCCUCCUUCCUUGUGUUGUGUUAAACGAGCACGUGAGAAGAAAAGAGAUACGUACCUGGAAACAGGAAUGUGAAUAAGGGCACUUGGUGGAAGGGAACAGCAUUUUGGAGUGAAACACGUCCUGUGUUUGCUAAAGACAACCAGGAGCAGACAUGAGUUUAAUUCUUAUGCACUUUUAUGUCUCUCCCGUCGUCCAGCGUGAUGCUUGACCUAAUCAAGAUGAAAUACCUCAGUGGUUCUCUUUGCAUUGCAUCAAGGCGUCAGGAUGCCGUCCAAAGACUGAUGCAUGCUGAAGGUCUCAAGUAAUUUAUGAUCUGUUAAUGAUAUUAAAUAUAAAAGUGUCCUUUUUUAUACGCAGUUCCUUAUUAAGUCAAAGCUGGAUUUCUCUGCCUUGUCGGCCCUUUGCUGUAGCCAUUUACUUAUUGUUACUUUGUAUUUCAAUGCAUUUUAUAUAGACAUUUUUAUUCUAUUUUUGCUUAGCUACCAAAGAUUCUUUAUUUUCACUCAUGUUUUUAUAAGAAAAAUGGGAAAAUGUAUUUGUUGUGCUUUCAACUGUUCUGACAAUGACUUGUAUAUCUGACCAAACAAUGUGAAAUUAUGAGCUGGGGGUUUUGUCUGCAAUAACAACAAUAAAAAUGCAAUUUGUAGGGAUAAGUUAUUGAUUUCAAGAGAGGUGAUGAACCUGUGUUUUUGUACUUUGUACGUAGAUAGAAAACCAGCAUAUUUAUGUUUAUAGGAUUCUGUACUUCGUAAGAUGUCCUCUGGUAUACACAUAAAAACCCUUAAGGUUCCAAAUGUCUACACUGCAAAAACAAUCAUUUAGAAAUUAUUUUUAAUAUAUGCAACCUGUGAACAUAAUUGCUAGGCUUCAAAUUUUUUGCAGGGUUGAAAGUAUGUGGAGUUGUGCUUCCUUCGUUCAGUUCUUAAUAUAAAGGACAAUAAAGCCAAAGCCGACUGAAAACUUUUGUCCAAAACAUUACAAAAAGAUUUGCACAAAAAUGUAAUUAUCUGCAAAUUGUGUGUUUUAAUGUUAUGAGCAAUAACA